AUGUUGCCCCAAAUUACCUUGGAAUCACCCCUCGCGCAGGCAGUCGCAAAUGCGAUCCAGCCGAAGUUGGUCGAGAUGGGCUGGAGCGACGGCCAAGAAUCCCCACUGAUCGAGUACAUUGUUCUUAUGUUGGUCAACGGCAAGACACAAGAGCAGAUCGCCACUGAAUUGUCAAAUGACUUCCUUGGUCUUGAGGAAGGAGAUACCGCCGCCCUUGAGUUUUCGCAUUGGUUGUUCGGACAAGUCGAACAGCUCAACCAACAGAUCAACGGAGUGCCUGCGGUUUCGAAAGACACUUCCAUGGGCCAAGCGAUCCCUUCUUCAGCUGGAUUCAACAACAUGGUUCAAAACGCGCCCCAAUCAAUUGGAGAGGCAAAUGGCCAGGAUGACGAGAUGGGUGAAGCUGGAAGUGAUUCAAUUCCCACCGGCCCGAAAGCUAUGCGCAACGGCAGAGGCGGGAAAGGAAGGAUGCUGAACCAAAUUAACCGCAACUUGGACCGUGGCUCGGACGCCGCUUUGCAUCGCGUACGCGGAAAUGGAAACGGACGCAUCGGUAACAACAACCGGGGGCAAAGAGGAGGAUUUGGUAACUUUAACGCCCGCGGGGGUCGUGGGAUGGGAAUGCAAGGCAGCAUGGGCCCAAAUAGCAUGGGUCAAAUGACUCCCGAAAACCAGAUGCAGCUUAUGACAAUGCUGGAGGAACAAGCCCGUAUGAUGUCUCAACUCAUGCCGGGCUUCGUCCCGCCUGCCGUCAAUCCCGCUUUCCAAAAUGGUCACAACAGCCAGCAAGGUCGUUCCCUCUUUGAUCGGGUCGAGCGCAAUGGUCAGCGCGGAGGAAAGCGUGGACCUAACAGGCCAAGGGGUGCGGAUACAGCAGAUGUUGAUAUGGAAGGCGAGCAGGACGAAAGCAAUCCCGACAGUGUUUGCCGUUUCAACACCCGAUGCUCGCGCUCAGAUUGCCCAUUCGCUCACCAGUCCCCUGCUGCCCCCGAUGGCACUUCAAUCGAUCCCUCUGACACUUGCUCCUUCGGGGCAGCUUGCAAGAACAAGAAGUGUACCGGCCGCCACCCCUCACCCGCAGUGCGAUCCGCCCACCAGGCCGAGGCCAUGUGCCGAUUCUUCCCUAACUGCACCAACCCGCAUUGUCACUUCAAACACCCCAGUAUGCCAGUUUGCCGCAAUGGCUCUGACUGUAAGACCGAAGGAUGCAAGUUCACACACAUCGAAAUCGCUUGCAAGUUCAACCCUUGUUUGAAUCCCGCGUGUCAUUACAAGCAUGCCGAAGGCCAGCGCGGCUCCUUCGCCGACAAGGUGUGGACUCCGCGUUCCGGAGAGCAUGUCAGUGAGCGGAAAUUUGUUUCAGACGCCGAUGGCCCCGAGGAAUUGAUCAAGCCCGGCACUACCCCUGUGGAGAACACCGAUAACCAGGAAAUGACCGCGUGA